GAAAAUAGUAGUUGCGUUUAACACUGCAAAUUCUUCGCAUCAGAAAAAUCGAGCGGUUUAGUUUUGUCUGACCGUGUGGCGUACAAGAUUAAUCGAUCGGAUUAAUAAGAUUAAUUUGAUCAAUCACAAUGCCUGCAACAAACGAUCAGGAUGAUCCAUAUGCUCACGCUGCAAAAGGACCCCUGAAGUUGAAAAACGACCAGACAGUGAGCAAGAGAAAAAAGAAGAAGGAUGAGAAGAAGAAGCUAGUAGAAGUGUCGAAGAUUAUUGAGGAGGAGAAAUCUCAAAAUCUGGAAGUAAAACGAACAAAAGCUGAGCUGGCUUUCAAGAAGAUGCAAGAGAAAAUGCAAACUGAAAGGAUCAAAGAGAAAGCUUCCAAGACGCACAAACAGCGCGUGGAGGAAUUCAACCGUCAUCUAGAUAGUUUAACUGAGCACUUUGAUAUACCUAAAGUUAGUUGGACAAAAUAAACCUGUAUAUUGUAUAUAACACUUAUGUAUUAGUACUAUAAAAAAAUACUAGUAUAAAUAAUUUAUAUAUUGUAAGAGUAAUGAGUGUUAUAACACACUUGCUUGAAGGAACGAAAUGUCUUUAAAUGUGAAUCACCUUAAGCAAAUAAGUUAAUUUAUGCUACAUAGUUAUAUUUAAUAUUAGCAUUUAAGUAUUUUAAUUCGACUAUGUCACAUUCAUCUUUAUAAAAAGUUCUAUUACCAAUCUUAUUGUGAUGAAGUUCUAAUUCUGAUUACUGACAUAUCUGUAUGACUUUGUCAUACAAAUAUAUCAAAUGAUUGGUACAAGUCAGAUUAAAUAUUUUUUUAUUGUUAUA